GAAGAGGUGUAUGAAUCAGGGACUAGGACAGUUGCUCGUGUGCGAGGCUCCGCGUGAUACCGUUGAUGUUGUGCGCUGUGUGGUUCGUGUUUGUCGCGUUCAUUGUCAACUGCUUUCCAUCAAACACACAAAUGCAGUUCCUGAUGAUGGGUUUCCGAAACGCGCUUCCAAAUAAAUCCUCGCAGCCGGCGGCUGAGUAACGGUGCUGGAGCUGGCGGCGAGGUCCUCACCCGCGUUAGGUGCGUGUGGGCCACCUAUCCACGUCCAAGCUGUGCUGGGCACUCAAGUCAUGGUAUCGAGGUUCGAUACGAACUUCGGUUGCGAGGAUUUUUUCGGGACUUAUCAUUGCACCCAAGACAUGGCUUGCGAUCGUGGUGAUUCGGACUUCGAGUUCAUUAUACCGCCAGAGGCGCCGGUCUUCGAACCAAGUAUCGAGGAGUUUCACGACCCCCUUGGCUACAUCGCGAAAAUACGACCGAUAGCUGAGAAGUCUGGCAUUUGUAAAAUCAAACCGCCGCCUAAUUGGCAGCCACCAUUUGCUGUUGAUGUGGAUAAAUUCAAAUUUGUUCCAAGGAUACAAAGGUUGAAUGAAUUGGAGGCAAAAACUAGAAUAAAACUUAAUUUCUUAGAUCAAAUUGCAAAAUUCUGGGAGCUUCAAGGAUCUUCAUUAAAAAUCCCUCUUGUUGAACGUAAAGCUCUUGAUUUGUAUUCUUUACACAAAAUAGUUACAGAUGAAGGUGGAAUUGAAACAGUGACAAGAGAUAGGAGGUGGGCAAAAAUUGCAAAUAAAUUGGGUUACCCAUCUGGGCGUAGUGUAGGAAGUAUAUUAAAGAAUCAUUAUGAAAGAAUUUUAUAUCCAUUUGACGUCUUUAAACAAGGGAAAACUUUAACAGAUAUUAAAAUUGAACCAGACUCCAAUGUAAGUGAAAAAAAGGAUCGGGAUUAUAAACCACAUGGAAUCAUAUCACGACAACAAAUCAAACCUCCAGCUGAGAAAUUCUCACGUCGGUCUAAGAGAUUUACUGGUCAGGAAGAAAAACCAGAAGUAUCUAUUAAACAAGAGGAUUGCAAAGAGGAAUGUGAUUCUGACAGCGAUUGUAAAGAUGGACUCAAAUGUAAAAAUGGCGAUGACAAUAGUAAAGAGCUUAAGAAAUUACAAUUUUAUGGAGCUGGUCCAAAAAUGGCUGGGUUUAAUACCAAAGAAGCAAAGAAAUCGAAUAAAACUAGGGGGUUAAAACUCGUUUAUGAAUUUGACCCUUUGGCAAAAUAUAUUUGUCACAAUUGUGGAAGAGGUGACAAUGAAGAAAGCAUGCUUUUAUGUGAUGGAUGCGAUGAUAGUUAUCAUACAUUCUGUCUAAUGCCACCACUGACAGAGAUACCAAAGGGUGAUUGGCGGUGCCCAAAAUGUGUUGCUGAGGAAGUUUCUAAACCAAUGGAAGCAUUUGGUUUUGAACAAGCGCAAAGAGAGUAUACUCUCCAACAAUUUGGAGAAAUGGCUGAUCAAUUCAAGAGCGACUACUUCAACAUGCCUGUGCAUAUGGUGCCAACAUCUUUGGUAGAGAAAGAAUUUUGGCGAAUAGUUUCUUCAAUCGAUGAAGAUGUUACGGUUGAAUAUGGAGCAGAUUUACACACAAUGGAUCAUGGAUCUGGUUUUCCAACUAAAACAAGCGUUAAUUUAUUUACUUGCGAUCAAGAAUAUGCUGAAUCUUCGUGGAAUUUAAAUAAUUUGCCAGUGUUACAUGGAAGUGUUCUAGGUCAUAUUAAUGCUGACAUCAGUGGUAUGAAAGUACCAUGGAUGUAUGUUGGUAUGUGUUUUGCAACAUUUUGCUGGCAUAACGAAGAUCACUGGAGCUAUUCAAUUAAUUAUUUACAUUGGGGAGAACCAAAAACUUGGUAUGGUGUGCCAGGUUCUCAAGCAGAACGAUUUGAACAAUCAAUGAAAUCUGCUGCACCAGAACUUUUUCAUAGUCAACCAGAUUUGCUCCAUCAACUGGUGACUAUCAUGAACCCUAAUAUUUUAACAAGCGAAGGUGUUCCAGUAUUCAGAACUGACCAACAUGCUGGUGAAUUUGUUGUAACAUUUCCUAGAGCGUAUCAUGCAGGCUUCAAUCAAGGAUAUAACUUUGCUGAAGCUGUUAAUUUCGCACCCGCUGAUUGGCUUAAAAUUGGACGGGACUGUAUAUCACAUUAUUCAAAUUUAAGACGAUUUUGUGUAUUUUCUCACGACGAACUGGUAUGCAAAAUGUCACUAGAUCCGGAUUCAUUGGACAUAGGCAUUGCAACUGCAACUUACCAUGAUAUGCUACAAAUGGUGGACGAUGAGAAGAAGCUUAGAAAGAAUUUACUGGAGUGGGGUGUAACGGAAGCGGAACGCGAAGCAUUCGAACUUUUACCGGACGAUGAGAGACAGUGCGAAGUGUGCAAAACGACUUGUUUCUUGAGCGCGGUUACAUGUUCUUGCCAGAGUUCACAGUUAGUUUGCCUGAGACAUUUCACAGAACUUUGUGAUUGCCCCCCAGAGAAGCAUACAUUACGUUAUCGCUACACAUUAGACGAAUUACCAAUUAUGUUACAAAAGCUGAAACUGAAAGCAGAGUCUUUUGACUCAUGGGUAACAAAAGUAAAGGAUGCGAUGGAUCCUGAUAAGAAAAGUGAUAAAAUUGAGCUAACUGAGUUAAAAGAGCUCUUAAAUGAAGCAGAAAACAAGAAAUUUCCAGAAAGUGAACUAUUAACGGCUUUAACAACUGCUGUACAGGAUGCCGAAAAGUGUGCAAGUGUUGCACAACAACUUUUGAAUAAUAAGCAACGUACCAGAACAAGACAAUCUGUCGAAACUAAAUAUAAACUCACAGUAGAAGAAUUAACACUUUUCUACAAAGAAAUAACGAAUUUGUGCUGUGACCUGAAGGAAUCUGACGGUGUAAAAUUUAUACUCGAUCAAGUAUUACAAUUUCAAAAAGAGGCAGAAGAAUUGGAAGAUAAGGAAGAUAACUGUGAUAUUGAACAGUUAGAGAAAUGUAUUGAAUUCGGGGAUUCUAUUUGUAUUGAAUUACCUCAACUUAGUCAUUUGAAACAAAAAUUAGCGCAGAUACAAUGGCUCGAAGAAGUUAAGUCUGUACAAGAAGAUCCAAAAUCUGUACUGCUGCAAGCAUUGAUGACUGCGAUUGAUAAAUGGGAAGAGAAAGCAAAAAUAUAUCUCCAUACCAAAAAUCGGCAAACUAUAUCGUCUUUAGAGGAAUUUCUUCAUGAAGCUGACGAGGUAGAGGCUUACUUACCAAGUCUGGACGUUCUUCAAGAUACAUUGACUAAAGCAAAGAAUUGGACAAAAAUGGUGGAAGAGAUGCAAGCAAGGGAGAAUUUUCCUUAUUACGAUACGUUGGAUGAGUUAAUUAAGAAAGGCAGAAGUGUCCCAUUGCAUCUGGAUGCUCUUCCAAUUUUGGAGUCUACUCUUUCGCAAGCAAAGACUUGGAAAGAAAGGACAGCAAGAACAUUCCUAAGGAAAAACUCUCAUUGCACUUUAAUGGAAGCUUUGUCGCCGCGAAUCGGAGUUGGUAUACAAGCACUGAAAGCUAAGAAGAAUAAGAGUGAAGAAUCCGUCGGACCUGUCUUCGUCUGUGAUACGAAAUUGGAUGAUUCCAAUGAUUCGGCUACUGUUGUAGCCGCGUUUAAGUUAGCCGAACAACGUGAGAUGGAAGCAAUGAGAAAUUUAAGAGAGAGAAAUGUAAUUAAAACCGAAAUGGACGACUCUAGGUAUUGUGUUUGCUGGCGUCCAAGGUUUGGUCUCAUGCUUCAAUGCGAGCUUUGUAAAGAUUGGUUCCAUUCUAAUUGCGUACCAUUACCGAAAACGUCGUACAAAGGAAAGUUACCUAUGUCCAGAGAAAUUAAGUUUUUGUGUCCCUGUUGUUUAAGGUCACGGAGGCCGCGAUUAGAAACAAUUUUGGCACUGUUAGUUAGUCUUCAGAAAAUUCCAAUUCGUUUACCGGAAGGUGAAGCAUUACAGUGUCUCACGGAACGAGCGAUGAAUUGGCAGGAUCGAGCUCGACAAGCAUUGGCCACAGACGAAAUUUCAUCGGCGCUGGCAAAGUUGUCCGUGUUAUCACAAAAGCUUGUAGAAGCAGCUGCGAGGGAAAAGACAGAAAAGAUUAUUAGCAGCGAGUUGAAAAAAGCGGCGAACAAUCCUGAACUACAUCAGAGAGUGCAAGCGAUUACUCCACUUAGCGGUGUACACUCCGAUGAUAGCACGCUUAGUACUGCGGACGACGACGACGACGUGGUCACCAUAGAUGAUGACGAGCCAACUUGUAGUACGUUCAAUAGUAAUGAACACACAUAUUCUUAUAUAUCUAAAAUUCAACGUAAAUCACAGUCAAAUGACUCGGCCGAAACCGCGGUUAUGCUAUCACAAUCGGCGAGGUCACGCUUAGGGGAACUAAUGAUGGAAGGCGAUCUGUUGGAGGUUGCGUUGGAUGAGACCCAACACAUCUGGCGCAUAUUAAGUCAUACAAACACACCGACCACCGUUCGUAAGUACGCCUCAUACGAGGAGAUGCAAGCGAAUUUAAACCAGGAUUCGAAAGAUGUAAAAAAACGCGGAAGAAAACGAAAGUCCGAGGAGUUUGAGUUGUUAAAGAAACUCGGACGGCAGAAGAUGGAGGAGAAACAUUUGGCGAAACGAAAAGUGCUGCAGAAAGAGAAAAAGUCUGCUAGCUCCCCGGUGCCAAUCAAACGUGGCCCUCGAAAGAUGAAACGCAAGGAAGGCGACGAUGGUCCAAAGAAAAGAGGCGGUAACAGGAAGAAGACCAAGCAAGACACUUCAGACGAAGAAGACGACUGUGCUGCGGUCAAUUGCUUGCGACCUAGCGGAAGGGAAGUUGAUUGGGUUCAAUGUGACGGUGGAUGCGAAGGUUGGUUCCACAUGCAUUGUGUCGGACUGGAUCGUACAGAAAUCGCUGAGGAAGACGACUACAUAUGCAGCAAUUGCAAGGAGGCAGAACAGAAUUCGACGUCGAGAGCGCCAGAUCCGCUAGCUGAAUCGUUAGGCCUGGAUGCACUUCUUUCCCUUUCUCAAUCCCAGGGAUACCAGGGCACAGACAGCGAAGCGGAUAUACAAGAAACGACGACAUCCUUCGUGAGGACCUACUAGCCCGCUUUAUCUCGUUAAGCUCCGUACAAAGGCUAGGGAUGCUCACCGAUUUCAAAAUAAUUUCGGCUGCGAACCGACAGUCCGAAACGGUUCAAAUGUUACCUAUCACUUUUACCCCCAGUCGAUUGGUUACCGCAGGUCAUCCUGUGCGCUAUGCGGUUAUUGUUGCGAGCGGUGGUUGCUGGAGAUAAAACGAAAGUAUUACGUCACUUAUCGAAUUAUAAUCCUCUUUUUUUUUUUCACGAGCACGAACACAUAAUAUUUUUCUACUUUUCAUUUGACGCACUGUUUUUUUCUGAACGACCAUCUUUCGUCUCGUAUGUGUAUAUGUGUGUGUGAUGCGUGCGUGUGUGUGUACAGACAUUGUAUUUUAUUGCUUUUGAGAUAAGACAGGUUUAUCCUUUUGUCAAAAGAGGAUUUAUUGUCCGAGUAACGCCGAUAUACGCUCGUUUUUUUUCUGUUCGUUGUAAAUUAUUUUCCACGCGUUAAAGUUCUACUCACGUGACCGUUCAUUUACACCAUUCGAUCUCCCGUUCAGUUCUUUCUUUCCGUGUUCUUGAUUUUCGUUGACGCGUAUUCGAGUCUAAAAGAUUCAAGUUUAGAUACCGUGUACCACCGAGGAGAAUCACGAUGUAAGAAUAUCGCGGAUGAACCGUGAUAUAUCUGUGCACAGAUUUCCGUCGCGGAUCUCGACGUAGAGGUUCGAUGAAAAUGCGUUUCGCGAUUCUUGAUUGUAAAACCGUUUUUUCUCUCUCUUGUCGCUCGCUGUCCAGUGUCCGCGGGAAUUUGGUUGACAAGGUACAGACCGACGCAACUGGUCGACUUA